AUGUUCAAAUUAUUGCUACUGAAUAAUAUUUUUUUCACGAUAAUUAUUAUCACGAUCGACGGCUGGAUUUUUCACGGGGAUGAAUUUCCGAAUUCUCUGGAAGACAAAAUUAACGAUUCAUAUGAGCAACUAGUGUUUGUAAAUCGUACGGCAUGGAAUGCAUUACCAACUACGGAACCAAUAAAACAAUUAGACGUGAUUCCGGCUCCAUUUAUUAUGAUUUAUCACACGGGAACUGAUACAUGCUUCAUUAGAGACACUUGUAGUGAAAUAGUUAGAGCUCUUCAAGCAAAAUAUUUCUCUAAUUACAUCGGGGACCGCGAUAUUGGAUACAAUUUUCUUAUCAGCGGUGAUGGUCGCAUUUAUAUUGGGCGCGGGUGGGAUACUGCUGGCGCCCACACUAUUAGCUUUAACGAAAUAAGCAUUGGAAUCGCGUUAAUUGGAACAUUUUAUGAUAAAUCCCCAACUGCUAAUCAAAUCUUUUCUCUCCAUAACCUUAUUAAAUUAGGGAUUCAUAAUAAUCAUAUUGCUAGAGAAUAUAAAUAUUAUUCUUCUCCCGACAUGCCACUAAAUGUUCUAGCUGGUACGAAAUUUACUAUUGAUUUUUAA